GCGCCCUGCGCGCUAACCACAAGCUUUACCGCAGCGCCGGCCGGUCGGCCCGCGUGACGCGUGCGGCGCGCAGCUUUCCCAUUGGCUGGCGGCCUCCGCGGACGAACGGACGCGCCGCCCGGCCGGUUCCGACUCGCGGCCGCGGGAUGUCGGGGCCCAACGGGGACCCGCACGUGCCGGCGGGCGGCAGCGGCGACGAGGACGGGGACAGUUUCGGGGAGGAAGAAUAUGCAGCAAUAAACUCCAUGCUGGACCAGAUCAACUCUUGCUUGGAUCACCUGGAGGAGAAGAAUGAUCAUCUACACGCCUGCUUGAGAGAACUGCUGGAGUCCAACCGCCAGACGCGCCUGGAGUUCCAGCAGCAGAGCAAGCAGCAGCACACGGAACCCCAUGUGCAGGGCUCACAGCCUCCUGUCUAGCGUGCUGGCUACGAACUCUCAGUUCAUAUUGCUACAGGAACAUUUACUGGUCACCAAAUAACGUAAAACUUGAAUACGAGAGGUCCCUCGUGCCCGUUACCUGUUCCUUGCUAUGGUUGUGUCCUGCCAUUCACCUACGCGUUUCUCGUUAGCUGUGGCAGGUGCAAAGCACACAGGUGGCUGUAGGAGAGCUGGUUCUCUUUGCUCCCCAGCGUGAGCCUGGCACUGACACGUGGUUAAAGCUGGCUGUAGGAAGGCCGAUGCCAUGCAGGUUGUUUGUAAGCAGGCCCGGGAAAAAUUAUCUCUGUUCUUUUACGCUGUUAAAUCCAAGCAAGGAGUGUUAUGGCUCUUGACUUGCCCUCAAAAAGCACAGUAGGUGGGGGCUGUCCUGACCCCAGGCUUGUCCCUAAGUGACAGUCACCAUCUGCUGACAGAUUUUGAGAGGGGAGCGCUAGGCCAGCUCCUGCCUUGGAACUCCAGUUUCCCCAUUAUUCACAUUAAUGGUGAUGUAAGAAAUAUUGGCAGAUGGUCCCAGAUCACUGGACUCUUCUGUCCCCUUCCAAGGGAAUGGUUUUGACUUAUAAUUGGAAGCUGCCUAACCCCUUAAGCUGCCAUUAAAGAAUCAGGCUUUAGAGAGUGGCAGAGCAGCCUGGUUAGUCCCCUGCACAGCAUUAGCUCUGCAAAGCCCAGAGGCUUGUACAUUUUGACAAGAACAAGCUUGAGCAUUCCAGUCUGAAACUUUGUGAUCUUGUCAGGAUGGCCUGGGACCAGCACUAUGAAACAAGUCGUCUUGUUCUACUUCUGUGGAGUUAAAGGAGUUUUUUGGAAAGUUAAAGUGGUUACUUAUAAGAAAUCUGUUUUAUUAAAAUCAGUUUGAAACACAA